UUUUUUUGUUUAUAAAUCACAUUAACCUGCUGAAAAUUUAAUUUGUGAAUUGUAAUUUUUCUCAAAACUAAAAUGGGGAUACGAGUUUGGGAAGCUCUUGCCAUCAGUUACGAAAUUCGUGAUGCACAAUGUUUUAUAGAAUUAUUGUUUCAUUACAAAUUUAUUUUUGCUAUGAACAAUCGUAUAUAAUAUUUGCUUAAUUCCUGACAGUUUAUAAGUAAUAAUAGUGAUUGUUUAAAAAUGGAGUUCAAAUAAUAUUGGAGGUUACAAUUCAAACCAGGAUUUUUAAUUCACCAUCAAGUUGAUUGCAUUGUCUAUUGGACGGAUUUUUUUUUGAAUUUUCGAAAAAUUCAAGUCCAACAGGUGAGUCGCAUUUGCAACUGAACGGAAAUAAUUAUGCCGUGAGGGAGACGUUAAUGUCGAAAUACUGUCUCAGAGUUUCUUAAUAAAUCAUUUAAAAUGCCUGGGUGUGCAGCUAUAGGGUGUAAUAAUCGCAGUGAAAAGGGUUACACAAUGAAAUGUUUCCCUCGCGAUCCUAUUUUACGACAAAUAUGGAAAGAUCGAGUUGGAAGGGCCGAUUGGGAGCCAUCGAACAAUUCCUUUCUGUGUCACGCGCAUUUUGCACCAAAUCAGUGGAUGGUUACUCAGUGUGGAAGAUUAAAACUAAGAAAAGGCGCCGUGCCAUCGAUAUUUAGAGUUGUUUCAACCCGCAAAUCACCGAACAAACGUCGACGAUUAGGAAUGGUUAGUCGAAGCGAGGACGAGGAAUUCGGCAUUGAAAUAGUCGACGACGACGAGGAAAACUACAUUUAUCUUGAAACACCAGAAGGAGGGAGAAUUCAAAAUAUUGGCGAAGAUUCUAUUGUUUUUCUCGAUCCACAAAAUACGCCAAUUGUCGCGAACAUAAAGGGAAAGGAUGGUCAGUCUGUAAAUAAUGUUUAUCAAAUUAUUUCCAAUAGUUCGCUGAAUUCACUGCAACACGAGAAUGUCUUGGUUAUUUCUGAUGAGAGUAAUGCCGACAUCGGACAAUUUGUUCACAGUAAUAACAAAUAUAUUAUAAUAAACAACGAGAACGAAGACACAAACAAUCAAAUUCAACCAAUUGAAAUAGUAACGAAUCAUAUUCCCCACAAUUCGCGAAUAAAAGUUGAAGUUAAAGACGAAGGACACGCGACAGCUGAUGAAAUUUACGACGAAGUUGAAAGCAACAUGGAGCGUAUUUACGAAGGAAUCAACAGCGAUGACGAGUCAACAAGUCAAAAGAGUUCCAGACUCAAUAAAAAAUUAGAACAAAUUGCAGUCCUACAAAGAGGAGAUUCGAUUUUAAAUAAUAAGAACGUCGAUAAUGAUGUGAAAAGUAUGUUGAGGAACAGUAGAUCCGACGACAGUGUCAAUGAAGAGAUUAUAAUCGAUGAUGAUGAUGAAGAAGAAGAGGAAGAAGAAGAAGACGACGAAAUUGAUAUUGAAAAUACGAGUGUAAAGGGAACCGAGGAAUUAACAAAUUUCGAAGCCGCCCUACAACGCAAGAAGAAAGCUCGCGAGGAAACCAUGAAAUCAAUCGAGAGAUUCAUCUCCGAUUCAGUCAACGAAUCACCCGAAAACGAUCUCACAUCGGAAGCAAAAUUCCCAAAUGGAAAUACACCAAAAAAAUUGAAGAACGGCAAAUUUAAUAUCAAAUUCACCGAAGAAAUUGAAGACAUCUCGGACAUUAUGCGCGAUUUAGGUGAGAAACCAUCGGAAGAUUGUAUUCUAGAAAAUUACGAGAGCAGACCAGUUAUUCGUUUGGAGAGAAGUCUACACAAAAUCAUCAAAACUGAACGUGUCAGUAAUUACGAUAGUGAAGAAAAUAUUUCCGAUCAACUAAUAACAAUCCCAUCAAAAUUACCCCUAAAAACCGAACAUUCCGAAAUAUUAAUCACCAACGUAAUUGACGACUAUCAAAACGAAUCAGACGAUAACUAUCACGAAGAACAAUACCAAAUUAUCGAAAAUCAAGAUAACUUUCAAAAGAAAGAUAUGUCAAGACGAGGAAUAAAACGAACACGUGUCUCAGAAUCGGAGGAGAUUCUCGAUUCCACCGAUCCUCAAUAUACUCUAAAACUAAAACUCCAACAGCAAAAGGGUACAAUUUCCAAACUCACCGAUCAUUUAUCAGCCUACAAGGACAUGGAGAAUAAAAUGCAGGAAAUCAAUGACGAACUAAAAUUAAAGAAUCGUGAAAUUGUCAUCUUAUCCGCAAAAUUGAAUCGAAAGGAAAAUAUCGAGGAGCGUAGUGAUAGAAAUUUCGCCGCAUUACACGCCUUAAUAAAAGAUCUCACGCAAAAAGUGAAAACAAUCGAGGACGUCAAUAGAAGAUUAUCGCGUACAAUUUCCGUGGAGAAUCAAAAUAAAAAGAAUUUAGAAUAUCAAGUACGAAGUCGUGAGAAAACAAUCAAGGAAUUAAAUUGGAAAGUUGAUAAGGCAUCGAAAUUACUCGAACGUGCCGAAAGAAAUGCAAACAAUUACAAACGUCGUGUUAAUAAUAUGCGUUCAUUGCUAAAACGUAAAAAUUUCGAUCUCGUUCACGAUAAACAAUCAUCAUUCGAUGUUUUAUUUGCCGAUUACGUGAAACAUGAAUUUUCCGAGAAAUCACUACAAAUGUCUUAUGAAAUAAGAAAAUUGUGCGGACCUGACGGCUAUGAAAAAUUACUUGGUUACAAUUUUCCCCUACCAUCAUUAAGGACACUCAAAAGAAGAGUCACCAAACCCCUAACAUACGAAAAUGGAUCAAAAUCACUAAAUUCAACACUAGACAGCACUAAUAUCGAAUCAAGUUUACUAGACGCCAUUACUUUAGAUCCAUAUUAUGAAAAUGUGACUAAGAAACCAUUGGAAUCGAGUGUAAUUACGGGUACGGUACAAGAUAUAUUCAAUGAAGAUGACAAUAUCGAAGAAAUGAGUGACAGCGAAGUGAUGAGUGAAAGAGAAUUGAAAGAACAUCUUUUCAAUUUUAUGAAUGUUAAAUAAUUCGUUCGUGCCUGAAAGAAAGAAAAAAAAAACUUGAGAAUAAAAGCAUUUUCGAAAAUUUGUGUAAAUAUUUGAAUAAUGCAAUUUGUACAAAAAGUGAAAAAGUGUGUCUUCAGUAAUUAAAUCAAUAGUUGAGUGUAAUAUUUUAUUCGUGAAAUUUAUUUUCAAACUUGACUCAAUUGAUAGAAAUAAUUAGCAAGCACUUUUGUUCCUUCGAUGUAAUUUUUCAACGAUAUGUUCUCAUCCUCCGAAUGAAUAUUAGCAUCGUCAUUUGCCAAAGGUAAUACGAGAAUAUUUUUUCUAGGAAAUAUUUUCCUCAAGUGCAAAACAAUCGGAAAGCCUUGUCCAUCGCGUAUCAAAUUCGCCUCGUCCUUAAAAACCUAUUAAGGAGAUUCAAUAUCAAUGGUAAAAAUAUAAAAAAUUAGAAAAUUAUAAAUUUACGAAUUUCUAUUUUAAGAAUCAAUUUUUUUUUAAAUCACAUUUUUUUUAAAAAAACAAAAUUGUAUAAUAUUACCAGAGAGGUAUUACAAAUAAAAGAAAAUUUCUAUAAUGAUAA